AUGGGCGAACCUGCUCUUUUUGGCCGGAGGUGGAGAUGGAAGAGGGCCGCCACUGGAAGACGGCCGGUGGGUGGGCUUUGGCCGAAGAUGGAGAACGACGGUGGGGGACCUCGUCGGCACCGGAAGAAUGACGGUGGGGGACCUCGUCGGAACUGGAAGAAUGACGGUGGCGGGCCGUGCGUGGAGAACGGCGGUGAAGGGUCGUGCGUGGAGAACGGCGGUGGCGGGUCGUUCUUCGCGGUCGAUGGUGGGAAGAAAAUGGCCGGAGGUGGAGAACGGUGCGGCCGGCGGUGGCGGGUCGUUCUUUGCGGUCGAUGGUGGGAAGAAAAUGGCCGGAGGUGGAGAACGGUGCGGGUGGCGGGUCGUUCUUCGCGGUCGAUGGUGGGAAGAAAAUGGCCGGAGGUGGAGAACGGUGCGGCCGGGUCGUGCGUGGAGAACGGCGGUGGCGGGUCGUUCUUCUCGGUCAGUGGUGGGAAGAAAAUGGCCGAAGAUGGAGAGAGGGAGGGAAAAAAUGGGGGGGGGGAAGGUCUGAAACUGAAAAGUGCGAAAAUGAAUAGAUGA